AUGACAGACACUUCUGAAGCUGUUCCAAAUUUUGAAGAGAUGUUUGCCAGUGGAUUCACAGAAGAUGACAAAGAGUACCAGGAAUACCUAAAACGCCCUCCUGAGUCCCCUCCAAUAGUUGAGGAAUGGAAUAGCAGAGCUGGUGAGAACCAAAGAAAUAGAGGCAAUCGGUUGCAAGAUACCAGACAGUUUAGAGGUAGGGAUAGCAGAUGGGGGUGGCCAAGUGAUAAUCGAUCCAAUCAGUGGCAUGGGCAAUCCUGGGGUAACAAUUACCCGCAGCACAGACAAGAACCUUACUACCCCCAUCAACAUGGACACUAUGGUUACAACCAACGGCCUCCCUAUGGCUACUACUGAUAGAAGUGUCAGCAGCUUUUAGUGAAACCAUUUACUCUGUUAACA